AAAAUUUCCAAAGUGCACCUUUCUUUGGAAAAGAAUGUGUUCUGCAGCCCUCUGUGCCUGGGCUGAGGAAUGCCAUGCCCUUAGCAGGAAGUGUGUGCAACUUCUCCAGGGUCUCUAUUCCAGCUGUGAGUGCAGCAUGGCUCCUGCCAUCAGACUCCAGCACUUGUUGCCAGCAGCUCGUGGACAGUGCCUACCCCUACCUACCAGUUGGCACAACCAUGGUGACUGCAUUGACUGACCAGGGCCAGAUCACUGCCUCACCACUCUCCUAUCCAGGUGUUCUGCAGUGUGGUCCCAUGGGAAACACUGACCAGAGGGGAGCUGCACUCCAGGACUUCACUGUAACUGUCAUUGAUCAGAAUACCACAUUCUCCUCCUUCUCUAGGACAGCCCAGGGUGAUAAUAUUUUAGAUCCCAAUGCCUUAGUCCUCUCCUAUCCAAUACUUUCUGCCAGCUUUUUUCAGGCCACACCACCACAGGUACCAAAUCAGGGAUACAGCCUAGCACCUUCCUACCUGGAGGAAAGCCAGGUCUAUUACAAUGAAUUCAACAGCCUGGGCCCACUGAUGCCUGGAGAACUUGGGCAGUGCCUGCAGGCCUGUGGCUCUGUGUCCUCCUCUGGGGGUCAGGCCUCUGCCUUGCAACCAGAGAUGGUGAUGAUGCCAAAGGAGAUUCAGUCAACAAAUGUCCAAACACCCUUCUCCACAUCUGCCAUCUACUAUGCCACACCUGCUCAAGACAAGCCAGACACCAUUCUUCAAGGUGAGGGCUCCAGCAUGGACUUUGCAGACAUGACUACACUGGUGGCAGAUAUUCACCUUCCCAGACUCUUCAACUCAAUCACUGAUAUGAACCCAUUGCAAGAUCCCACAGCAACCCUAUACAAAGACAUCAGUAGAGAUCAGGUCCAGGAAAGCUCCAGCAACAUCAGUGUACCCGUGGACCAAGUGAGAAAGGAUGGCCAGAAAGCCUCUGAUGUGCUAGAUGGGUCUCCUCAGGCCAGAAUCCAGCUCCAGGACCUGGAGGAAGAAGAGGCUAUGGGCAGUGCUGGGUCCAGUGAAGGGGCUAUUGACAACAUGCCUAAGAACUUGGAGGACAAAGCCCAGAAAGCCACACCCAGCAUGCCCAGCAGAGCAAGGGCUCAGGGGCAAGACAAGACCAAGAGAUCCAGAGAAAACAAGUGCAAGAAAACAGAGGAGCUCAAGCAGUCAAGGAACAGAGUCAAGGCAGACGAAAACACCACCAUGCCAAAGAACCAGAGGAAGAGGAAUCCACCUGAGCUCAGCCACAACAGCUUUAAAAAGCCUCGAACUCACCUCGGCAUGCACAUGCUAGAAUCCGUGCAAGUCUUUCACCCACUGGGGAAGAAGAGUGAGAAGAAAACUGGCAUCUCUUCCUCCCGGGCUCGGCUAAACUUCAGCAGCAACAAAGAUCCCAGGACAGGCCCAGCCACCACAUCACUUCUGGAUGUGCCAUGUAAUGGCCGAGGCCCUGGUAAAACCCCAAGCAAUGCUCAGAAAACAGAGAGAAAUGCUUACAGGGAGUGUCAUCCAUCUCCAUCCCAGUAUAAGCUGCCCCCACCUGGCAAGGUCAAAUUAGUACCUCUAGCUUUUCCAGCCCUGGACAUGCCACAAACAAGACCUAUUUCUAAAAAGCCUCUCCCCCUGGCUUCACACAGGGCCCCUGCACUGUACCCUGUGAGACCUCAUUCUGACUCAGCUCAGUCUACCACACUCAAGCCAUCUAAACCAGCUCCUGCCAGCACUUCUUUGAUGGCCUCUGACAAGCCAGUUCUGCCUAUUCCUACCAGUGCCAUACGAGAUAACAUAACCAACCCCAUCCAGUCUUGCACUGGGCCUCAGCCAGCUGUCUGUAGGCCAGUAUCCUACAGGGCAUCAUCUGACCCUUCACUACAGAGGGAGCUUGCCUCUGCUGACAAGAACAAGGCCCCAUCACCUCCCAAACCUCAAAUCCAAUAUCUACUGCAAGACUUCAGCCACCAACCAAUUCCAUGGAGGAAAGUCGACAUUCCAGGGCCAGUCAUCUCACAGCCCAUCACACAAGAGCAGAGACCAGAGAGGGAGGCCAUGAAGAGGCGGGCUCAACAGGAGAGAGAAAAUGCUGCCAAGUACACCUCUCUGGGAAAACCGCAGCUUUUCCUUCAGAGGGAGAAGGAUAUGGAAAUUUCCAGAUAUUUUGGCUAUGUCAUGUAAGGGCUGGCCUAGCAUUUGGAACCCAGUAUUCUUCAAGAUAGAGAAGGUGAGAUAUGGAGACACAUAUACAUGUAUACAUUGGAUAUAAAGCCUUGGACAUAAGUGUAGAUAUGUAGGUAUGCAUUGAGUUAAGGUUAAUAAUAUGUACAUCCCAGGAUUUACACAUAAUUGGUCAAACAUAGUUUCAUUACUUGUAAAUAUCUGAAGACACUAAAGGUGACUGGAGAAAGUACAGUCUGUUAUAUUUUAUCCAUGAGUAAGUAUAUAUAGAGGGUUUUGAUGGUUUCUUCGUACCUUAGCUGUUAUUCAUUUAUGUUGUCGAAGUAGUAAUAUAUGUUAUAUAAAUACAUCAUAUGAUAUAAAUCCAUGUUAGUAUUAUGUAAGGUAAAAGUAAUUAGCCAA